UGGAGUGUGGACUGUGUUACUGAUAAACAUGGAGGCUAAUGAAUUUGUUCAAUAAAAUUUAAAAACAAUAAUCCAAAUUCAGUAUUCUAAAAUUAUUAAUAGCAUAACUUAAGUAGUAUAAUAUACGUACAGUGUUGUGCAAUUGUGCUUCGCGAGGACGCAAACAAUGAACAUUGGCACGGAUGGCACGAUUUAAAACCCUCUGAGGACACAGGCUUUAGCUCACUGGAUGGCUAUGUAUUAUUACGCGAGCAAAUUAAAUGAGGCGUCGUGUAGCGGGUGCAACGUUAAGGUGAGUCCACCAGCCGCUGACGCCGAGUGCCCGUCGCCCGAACCUGUUUCGCUGUCCGAUUCUGCGCUGAUCGGCACCGGGCUCACGUUCUAUGGUAAUGACGAUUAUUAUUCGAUGGUAAGAGGCAGUACCUUCUUAGCAGAGAGUGGAGUGACGCAUUUAAUGAUGAACGGUGGCUUGAACCUCGUCGCCGCGCAGAAAAUAGACCCAACUCAGCUGCCAACGGUAUUACAGGGCAAGAGUAUUACACUGCCGUUUAUGGGAUCAGACAAACCGGAAGUAGAAUACAAAGACGGACAGAUCGUGUCGGCCACUAUUGAUGGAUUGGUCGACCUUUUGAGACCGGGUGCAACAAAAAGCUUCACAUUCACGUUCCUCCUGUGCUCGAGACUGUUCGUGAGACAACAUGAGCUGCUCAACAAGCUCUGCAAGCGAUAUUUCAAGAACUAUGAGAAAGUUGGCAAGAUUGAACUGAUGGAGAUGGCAGAGAAGGAAGUAGCAGACAUGGUGGCGUUAGUUCGGGUGUUGGAUCAGUGGACCACUAUGUUCCCGUACGACUUUAGAGAUGACCGUGUUAUGGCCAUCGUCAAGAACAUCACGCAGAGAUGUUCUGCGGAACACAUGGCGUCGGUUCGCGCGGAGGUGUCGGCGAUACUGGAGCGGUUACUUGACAAGCUGACAGCUCUGGAGCGCUACGAGGAGACUCUGGUGCAUGUCCCGCAACACGCCUCGGUAGACGCGCUCCCGCAGGGUGACAUCCUUACUCUUGGACUAACACCAGUGGAGCUCGCAAACCAGCUCACAAUAGUGGAACUGCAUCGACUGUCGUUCGUGGGACCCGAAGAGUUAGUGCAGACCUUUGCCCCGAACCAGCCAUGCUCUUCCACUAAGGGACUCAACUUGCAUCACCUCGACGUCAAGUGCACGAAGAAUUUAGAGGCUUACGCUGAUUGGUUCAAUAGACUCAGUUACUUAGUUGCCACUGACAUAUUAAAGUCUGUUAAGAGCAAGUACAGGGCGCGGGUGAUAGAGCAAUGGGUGAUGACCGGCCGCGAGUGCUUCAAUCUCGGCAACUUCAACUCGUUGAUGUCGAUUAUCAGCGCACUCAAUAUGUCGCCCAUAACCAGGCUCAAGAAAACUUGGGGUCGUACGUCGCCAGUGUGUGGUCAGCAGCUGAAACAAUUGGAACUCUGCGUUGAACCCAGCGGUAACCACGCCAGAUACCGAGCAGCGCUGGCGGCUGCUCCAACGGAGACAGCGGUGCCCUUGCUAUCAGUCACGUGUCGCGACCUGCAUUUCGCUAAUCAAGGAUCGCCAAUCAAGAUGGCAGGGAACCGCGUUAACUUUGCAAAGUGCUCGCUAGUUGCGCGGCACGUUAGCGGACAGCUAGCGGGGCGGCAGCUGUGCGCUGAGGGCGGGGCUAGCGGCGUGGCGCCCCCGCCUCCGGUCCCCGGACACAUUCAUCCGCCCGCCUGGCGGUUCCUCACUGAGAGACCCACGCUCACCGAACAAGGGUUAGAGUUGACAUCGUACGAGCGAGAACCCCCGGUCGAUCAGUUGGAGAAGGAUCGUCUGAAGCGGUUGCGCGGAGGCUCGUAAGAUUACCCGAUAUUCUGCGUUUCGGCCAAAUUCCACCAGCUUGUGUACAAGCCGAAACAAGUGUGAGACAUUCUCAUAUCCAUUUAAAUACCCAAUACCAGUGCCGAGUGAUUUUUGUUUUUAAUUAGUGUUUAAACAAUAUGGAACUCGAUAUGAUUAAGAAUAAUAUCUCGAGCUAUCGAAAAGGCUAUUAUUUUUAUAAGCACCUCUGUACAUCACUGUAGCCAUCACUAUGGCCAUUUACAACAGUUCAAUCUGUAACGCUAAUCACGAUUACUUAAAUUGUCGCCCCAUAGUGCACUUUCAAUUGUUUGACAAAACAAUAGUGAAACAGUUUAACGGCACAUCACUAGUAAAUAAAUUUCUAUCUUAAAUGAUUUUUGAAACUGUUUCGAAACUUUUUCCACUCAAUAUGAAUUAGUAUUGAGUUACAUUCUUGACUGCUUGCAGAUGAUAAUUCUUCGGUAUCAUUUACCAUUACAAUUUGAUUGUUUCCAUAUGUUCUGAAUAUAUUCUUUUGUUUUUAAACCACAAUAUUCCAGUGAUUUACAAUUAAUUGUCUUGACGGAUCAAAUGUACUUUUGCUCAAAACAUGUAUUUAUUUUAUUGUAUUGUGCUUUUAAGAUAUUAAAUAUUAUUAUUAUUAUAUUAUUAAACAUUAGCAAGCACACAGCAAUUAAUAUUUUAGUAACAGCGUCAAAGCGUAAGACUUUUUCACAAUAUCUGCCUAAGGGCUCCGAUUAUAGUCGUGAGAAGUAAAUGAUUUAUAAUUAACAUUAAAAAAAAUCUGCAAGAAAAAUUUGUAAGCUAAUUUAACGUCAGGAAUUUAUUACCAUGUGCACAAUAUUGGUUAAAAAUGGUAUGAUUGUAUUUAAUCUUUUUUAUAUAAAAAUAAAAUAUUAAAGAUUUUGAAGUAUCUUGCGAUAUCAAAAAUUAGUUUUGAUCAAAUAUAUCUACAUCUAAACAGUAUUACAUAAUAUAUUCUUGUGACAAAAAUAUAUAAAAAUUGUGAAUCUUAUUUGAAAUAAAUUAUUAUCUAGGAUAUUCUAAGUAUUUAAAAAAUAUAUCAUAUUACAGUUACAACAUAAGUAAUAAAUUAAAAUAUAAUUAUUAUAUCGUCAAUAAUUUUACCCAUAUGCAUGUGGUCCUUAAACACUAUAAAUACAUAUUAUCAUAGUAUACAUGAUUAUAUAGGGUUGUUUCACAAUGUAUAAAAAAGUAGCAGAUUUUCAUAGGCUAGGUAAAAGUUGUUACUGUGACAACUAUGAUAUCUGCUACUAGAUCCAUCCUAUAAAAAUGGCGCUUACCUGCUAAAUAACACUAUUUAUACAUUGUGAAACGAUGAUGUAUUUAUUUGAUAGAUAGGUAGCAGGUAGCCUAUUCGUAACUUUACUUGAAACUUUGUGAAACACCCCUAAGAGUACCAUUUAACUAAGAGAAAUUACUCGCAUUUUAUAUGGUAAUUCCAAGUUAAUUACGAAGGCUGGCCCUUGUUAAAUGUGAUUCAAGAAUGAAAUCAUUUAUUUAAUGUUAAUUAAAAUUUAUCAUGAUUUGAAAUUCAUAUUAAAAAUUAUAAAUGUGUAAUCUGUCGUAAUUUUUCAAUAUUAUUUAUUAAGUAUUGAGAGAGGUAAAAUAGAAAUAAAGACUAACGUAAAUAACUUAAUAAUCAAUGUGAAAAUUUAAUAUAUUUUUAUAGUUGUGUUACAAUCAAUAUCACGUUGGUUAAAAAUUUAAUAUAAUGUACCUGAACAAUAUCGUUAUAACGUACCGAAGUUUAAAAUUAUUUAAUUUAUUAUUCAAAUUAAUAGCUACAAUAAUAACAUUGAGUUAAUUUACAAGAGUUUGAAGUUAAAGCAGAACUGAUUUUUGUCAUUCUAUUAUAUAGUAUUACAAAACUUUUAAGAACUAGAAACAAUAUAUUUCUUUUUUUGACACAGCUUAAUUAUUUCGUUAGUAUCUACAUUAAUAUGAUUGCUUGAACUUGAUAAGCAAUAAUAUACUUAUCAUAGCAUAUUAGCAAUAAGAUAUCUUAUGUAGUUAUCAGCAUUUUACUUAAUAAGCUUAAAUUAACAUUGCAGACAAUUUGGUCAUAUGAACGGGAGUUUGGUGACAAAUUCUAUAUAUUUUGUAGAGAGAAUCAUUGUCAGUAAUUAUUUGAAUUAUCGCGUGGUCUAACGUAUGAUAGUUAAAAUUUAGAGCAUAUUUUAGACAUUUUAAUAAUAGGUUGGUUACAAGUUGACUUCAUCGGCCUGUGACUAUAUUGUUCAUUUGAUAUAAAAAAUUCAAUUUAAUAGUUUGGGACGGGCGUAAUAGACGCACGUCAUAAGGUCUCUUCACAAACGGCACCAAAAAUUAGUGGAAAAUCUUUAUAAUACUUACGUCAUCAUUUAGAAGUGCUAACUAGUACGUAGAAUUUUAAUUAAAUAUUUAUAUUCCUUUACAACAUUUCCGUGUGUGAAUCGGCCUAUACAGCUCCUUUAUUGUAACCUAUAAUGACGCCAUCGUAAUGAGUUCCUUGUAUCAGUAUUGAUUGUAAUUGCCAUUUUAUGAGUCUCUAUGGUCCACGAUCUCAUUUUUUGUAUACUCAAGUGUUUUAUGUGUGUUGCUGAGUUGUUUCUUAGAUUAAAACAAAGAGAUGGAAUAAUUUUUACCUAAAUAAAUCUAAAACGAACUGUUCAAUACUCACCCUCUUAUUCAUAAUGGUCCGCUAACUUUAAACAGCUGCUAUAAGGAGUGUUUUUUCUCAUUCUGACUUAGGUCAAUAAAAGAAGACAGAGUGAGAAUUAGCAAUGCUUUAAGUUAGCAGACUAUUAUGAAUAAGGGGGUUAAUCGUUACAAAAAUGACUUUAUUAUAUGGAAUUGAAGCCUGGGUCUAUCAGUAGAAGUAUGAAAGAAUAAUAAUUUCUGUGGAUUUGCGGUUUUUACUUUAUGUAAUUUACAACAUACUCAUGAUAUAUUUAUGAGGAUAAUUUGCGUUUGCCAGUUCUCAAAUUGGCAGCUUUACUUUUACUUUACUUUAUUAGCGGUAAUGAUAGAAAUUGUGACUGACAAUUCAAGUGUUUUGUAUUCCAUCCUGAACUAGUCAGGGAAGACCUAGGCUUACAUUUGACGAUAGUGUUAGCGGUGGGGAAUAUAUGCAUGUAGUUUUAAUAUUCUUAUUCGAUUAUUUACAUCACUGUAUAAUAUAUAGUAACAUUCAGUGCCAAAAUAGUGACUUAAAGUAGUUGAAAAAAUGUUGUGACAUCAUAGCAAUAAGGAAUAUAAUAUGUAUAAUAAGUUCAUAACAAGUAACAUACAAUAGAGGUUUGAUUGAAGAUUGAUACUACUCUUAGAGACUUACGGCGUUUCCCAAUAUUCAGUCUAUCCCCGGUUGUGGCAUACAUGAGAUGAAAAUCGUAACUAUCGUUGACUUUUCGGUCCCAAUAAACUUAUCGACGGUAACUAUAACGUGCGUUACACGCUGUCUGUCAAUGGGGCGACGUGUAGCUUACCAGCGAUAUAUAUAUUUGUAUGGAAAUUGCAAUUUACGUGUCCCAAUAUAAGGUGAUAAGAAUGACUUCAGAUUAUUGACAGCUAAUUACUGAUAGUAGAAGGUAGUAAUUUAUCUCUAUCUGUAGUUAGUAUAUUGGAAACGGCCGUUAAUCACAUCUUAAUAAUAUAUCCAAACAAUUGAAAUCAAAUCAAAUCAAAAUCACUUUAUUCAUGUAGGCCACUGAAAUGACACUUAUGAAUGUCAAAAAAAUAUUUUUCUUAUUGAAUCUACCGCUACUUCGCGAAAGGGUUGAGCUAAUGAGAAGAAGUAGCAACAAACUCACUGCCGUUGAUGUAAACAUAACAGAUAUAUAUUUUGUUCUUACAUUAUAGUGUGUAUUAAAAAUAUAUUUGAAUCACAUGCAUAUAUCAUAUAUUCUUAAAUUUACUCUGAUGAAUUUUCAAGAAGAAGAAGUAACAGGUGUGGUAUUAUGUCCUGCCUGUCUACCUCUCAUUGAGUGACGUACAGAUAUGUGUGUGUAUACGCAAGCCUCGUUCCAUCUUAUUGUUUUAGUCUAAGUAUUUCGUGUUUGGGCUUUUAUGUGUAACGUGUGUUCUUUAACACAAUUAGUGAGACCUUUGAUAUUUUAUAUAUAUUCGUAGUUAUAGAACAGUGUGUGCAGCGUUCGAAUCUUAAAAAGUUUUGAAUUUUUAAAAUAGAGUAGAAAUAUUUUUAAUUACUAUCUAAGACUAUACUCGUGUUUUAUUCGCGAUUUUAUUUAAAUUCAAAAAUAAUGUUCUCUUCAAACACAAAGAUGAUAUUAUGUAGAUCAUAAGGGUCCCAUUUUCGAAUCUCUAAUUAGUGAUUACAAAGUGUAACUAUAAUAUUUACCACAUAUAUAUAGUUCAUUUUAAAAUGUAUUUACUUAAGCCUAUUGGCGUUUGGUAGCAUUAUUAAUUGCUCUUAGGAAGAUCGUUAUAUUGUAAGAAAUAAUCAUAGUACACAGCUCCUAUUUUAUUUAUGAUUAAGACUAUAUAAUAUGAUAUACAAGCUCUCUGAGAUCAACCCUUUGUUAGAUGUAUAUUUUUUUUUAAGAGGCUCAAUACGUAAGGAUAAUAAAUUAUUGAUUUCUGUAUCAUCUAACUUAUUUGAACCCGCGAUAUAAAUAAAAUAUAUUGUAAAAGAUUAACACGCGUGCAACCAAUAUAGGGAACCUCGGUCACGCUAGUGGAAAUUCAUUGUUUUAGUCUUUUAAAACGUAUUUUAUUUAAAUUAACGGAUGACAAUUGUAUAACAAAACAUAUUUUGUAUGUUAAUUUAUUAUUAGCUUAAGCAGUUCUCGCCCCACCAAUAUUCUAGUAUUUAAAUUGUUUUCGUGUUACAAUAAUUGUUUUUACUUACUCUAGUUUUAGUUGUAACUGUUAAGUGUGAUGGUUUUUAUUUCUAUUCGCUUUGUAAAUAGGUUCUCGUUAGUGAUAAAAAUGACAGACAAAAAAUAUUAUAUUAUAUUACUUACGUUUUAGUCCUCGUAUUCCGAAUGGCCCCGCCGUUUUAUUAAUUUUAUUUUGAGUACAACUUUAUCAAUUACGUUUUGAUAUUCGGUGUUUUUUUUUUGGAUAAUUAUUACACCCAGCGGCUGUGUAAGUUCUUAGUUAUUUAUUUAUUAUUAUUUAAAGCACUGUCGAAUAAAUAAAUAAUGUUGUACUUAAAGUUGUAAUAAGGUAAUAUUACAACGAUGCUUGCCAAAUGUGGCUGUGUUUUUUUCUUAGUACAGAAUAUCAUAGUCUGUUUAAUGCUGCCUUUAUUAGUUGUUCCCGAAUAUUACCGAUAUUACUUUGUAACUUAAAACGCGAUAGUGUUUAUUUAUAAUUAUUAAUUUAGUCCUACAUUCCGAUAUAGUUAUAAACGGCCAUGCGUGUGGUCGAACGUUUCAUCCCGUGCGUCUUUGAAUCCAAUACAAAGUACGUGGUAUCCGUAUGUUAAAUAAUACAUUCCAAUUUAAGACUGAUUUAUAACGAGACCACCACAAUUUUCAUUUAUCAUUUAAUAUUAGAAAUAUGCAGUGUUUAUAUUUUGUAUGAAUGUGGCGCGAUGACUUAAUUUUGAACUAGCUAGUUGUCCGGGCAUACAAUACAGGUGCUAGUGAUCCGUCACUCUCUUCUGGAUGUCUUUACGAACUGUAAGUUGCUGAUUGAUUUACAGCCACUGACCUCUAUUAUAUACCACUGGACUGGCGGCUUUCAAAGUGCUUUUGUGCCUGUUUGAUAUUCGCCAUGUAGCGAUAGUCUGCGAUAUUAAAACUAGUGAUGACAACCUCAGCAAACAUUGAUAGAUGGUGGGAGACCAUUUACAAAAAACAAAUAAACGAUCGAAAUUAAUUCAAAAUACAAAAAUACUUCAGAGUAUUGUACGUUCCUUUGCAGCCAUUUGUAUUAUACGUCAAAAUUAGUUCUCUGGACACUCGCGAGUGGCGCUUCAAAUAUGCACAAAAAAUUUGCCGUCAAACAUAUAGAACAGCCUGUCCAGUGGUAUUUAUACAGGUCAGUGAUGUACAGCCACUGUGUUACCAUAUUGAUUACUAUUUCGUCUUGAUAGUAUCAAAAUAUACAGCAUGGAAACGAAAAUUACUCUAUUAAUUGUAAAGUACACGACCUAUUUAUUUAUUUUAGCAUCACUGUUAUAAUGCACACUAAGUGGAAAAUUUGUUACUUAUACUUAUUUUUUUAUUAAGUUCGAUUGUAGUUACAGAUGACGAAUACAGGUAGUACAUUUUUUUUAAUUACCUUACCUUAUUUCUGUUAUAUGAUAUGAGACAAUCAUUAAAAACUAAACCCACUUUAAGAUAUUUUACUAAAAAGGUCAAUAAUUGUCUUUGUCUUUGCUCUGACAUGUAGGAUUAGACUUUUAUUAUGUUGCGUUUUAUUCAUUUAUACUAUAAUAUCAGUGCUAUUCAACAAGUCAGGAGCAUUUGAAAACAUCUAAAUUAAAAUUAACUAUCCAUUCGUACCUCCAAUUAAUUUGAAACUAUGUGAAUUAUAUAACUCAUUAGAAUAUGUAUAUUUCUAUUGUUUAAUAUGUAACUCCAGUUCAACAUGGAGCUCAUCUCGUCAUUCAUUGUUUUGUAAAAGUGUUAGUUUUAAAUUAAAGUGUAUUUAUAUUUUGUAUUUGCCACAUGAGUGGUUUUGUGUGGCGGUGUUUUAACCACUCCAAGCUUAAAUUGUUUGUCAUUGGGCGCAGUGCUGACUAUGUAAUGCAAAGGUGAACUACCGUUAAGUGAGGCUUGGGCUCGUCCGAUGACUGACAUAAAUGAUAUUAAUAUUAAAUUUUUUGUAUUUUUAUCAUACGAAUAUAAUUUUCAGUCACCGCCAACAAAACUAGUAAAAAUGUGAAAUGUUGUAAUUCGGCCUCGUCCACAUAUAAUCAACGACGGCGAACGUAAGCCAGAUCAACGUCUCCCUCUCUCUUACUCACCUCGCAAACAGAUUCUCUUUCCCAUUUAUUCCAUAACUGUCCUUCGCUGACGCUCAUUACAUGUGGACCCGGCCAUAUGUGAAAUUUUUAAUUGUUAUCAAUGAUAUACAGGGUGUAUCUCCUACUAAACUACAACUACAUCGGAAAAGUUGCAAUUGGACUAAAAAGAUUCAUACAGAUUUAUUUUAGAAUAAAAAUGCUAUUAGGUCCGUUUGUUAAUUAUAACUAUCUAAUUAUCUUUAUUAAUAGUCCCUAAAAUUAUAAAAAGCUAUUGUUCAGUUAUAUAGAGAGCUCUACGGCACGUAACGGCUCCGUAAAGCUCCAUAUUCGGAGGUUGUUUGGUUACACCCUGUAUAACAACAGUAUUUGAAUAUGGUUUAUUAGCCGUAUACCUGUCGUUACUAAUACGUCUUAUAUAUAUUAUAACGAAAUGUAAUUUCUCUUGUAUAGACCACGUACCUACCUACUACAUGCAGCCCGUGUUAAACUAAGUUAAAUGUAGUUUCAUACGUGUUUCUAAAGAUUGAUGAAUUAUCAAACUAAUAAAUGUUUUAUCUAUGUGAUUCAAUAAAUUGUAUUAUAAA